GCAAAAACCUUUGAUUCUGUACGGCGGAGGAAUAGAUUUCUCGCACUCUAUAGGUACUAGUUUGAGAAGCUAUCGGUCGGAAGCAGAGUGCAUAUAGAGACGACGGGGUGCGCCGUGUGUGAAUAUAAGCUGCUCAAGAAAUAAGGAAGAAAAAUAAUAGUGACUUUCGUUUCGGACAUUACUUCGCUCGCUUUCCUUGAUUGUGGAUUUUGCGUAGUCCACAGCAGGUAGAAGGAUAAGAAACUUCCAAAUUUUGCAGGUAGAAGCCUGUGCCGCGAAAGAGUUUUCCGCGAUUCGCAGUUUUCAGUGGGGGCGCAACACAAAGUGCUUCAGGGGAAGGAAAAUUUGCGUCGCUCGCGAAGAAAAGUGUCAGUUUUGCUUGGUUUUCGGUCGAUUUUUCGUCGUUACGCCAGUGAUAGGGAAAAAUACAGGAAAAGAUACCCUGGCCAUUUCAUCCCGAAUCGGUGGUAAUCAUCGUCAUCCAUAGUGAGGGGCCGCUGUUCAGAGGGAUGAGUAAGGUUUAUUGAUUUGCAGUGCGAAGAGGAGAAAAAAAGUGUAAUAUUUUGCUUCGUUUUACCAUUGCCUCAGCUUCGCUCCUGUCACCUCCGCCCUAGCUCUGGUAGGAAGGGAAAGUCAAAGCAACCCUUGCGUUUGGAUGCGGAAAAUCUGGAACAGAAGUGUCAUCCUGAAGGAAAAAAUCUGAUUCACAGGAAGUGAAAAGUUAUAAAAGUCAAGCAAGAAAUUUUAAAGUUCUAGAAGAAGAAUUUUGCCCAGAAGGAAAGUGAAAAUUUUCAUGGGCAAAAAGAAGCAAAUGCAUUAAUUUGGAGCGAAGAAAAUUACUGCUUGACGCCAGAAUUCGAUGCACCGCAAAGAAAUCGUAAAUCCAAAGCUAGAUGAAGAUAGCGUUUUAAGCAAUUAAAAGUUAGUGGAUCAAAUGUGAAGAAAAGUGUGAUGCAAUAAAGUUAAUAAAUCAGUGUUGUUCUGGUAGUGUUGAGUGUUAUUUGUUGCAAAAGUAAAACGACGCAGAAGAACGGAACGGAACGUAAGUGUUAUUGUGUUGCAAAAGGUCCCCGAACCACCACUGUUUAGCAGCCACCAUUCUCCAUCCUCGUCAUCAUGGAACUGGUUGGGAACUUUGAGUACAACAGUAAGGACCUGAUAGGCCACGGGGCUUUUGCCGUGGUUUUCAAGGGACGGCACCGGGAGAAACAUUUCCCCGUUGCGAUCAAAAGCAUCACGAAGAAAAGCCUCGCCAAAUCGCAGAGUCUGCUCGGCAAAGAAAUCAAGAUCCUGCGGGAGCUGAGCGCGUUGCAUCACGAGAAUGUCGUAACACUGCUGGCCUGCACCGAGAAGGACCACAACGUCUACCUGGUGAUGGAGUACUGCAACGGUGGUGACUUAGCGGAUUAUCUGGCCGUGAAAGGAACACUCAGCGAGGACACGAUACGACUGUUUUUAUGUCAAUUAGCAAGUGCAAUGAAGGCAUUAUAUGCAGUCGGCGUCGUCCAUCGGGAUCUCAAACCACAGAACAUUCUGCUGUCGCACGGCUGCGGGAAGCACCUUCCGGUGCCCUCGAAAAUCACCCUGAAAAUAGCCGAUUUUGGUUUUGCCCGGUUUCUGCAGGAUGGAAACAUGGCGGCAACCCUCUGUGGAUCUCCCAUGUACAUGGCACCAGAAGUGAUUAUGUCGCUGCAGUACGACGCUAAGGCUGACCUGUGGUCUCUGGGGACCAUAGUUUUCCAGUGCCUGACCGGCAAGGCACCAUUCCAAGCCCAGACCCCACAGGAGCUGAAGAUGUUCUACGAAAAGAACGCCAAUCUAGCCCCAAAAAUUCCACCUGGAACGUCGAAAGAGUUGACCGACCUGCUGAUGGGUCUGCUGCGACGGAACGCCAAAGAACGGAUGAACUUCGACACAUUCUUCAACCAUGCCUUCCUGCAGCGACAGACUACUCCACAAAAUAGCGAAAUUCCUCAAUCAUCUGCCGCCGGUCCGCAAACCACACCCGGUAAGGUUACUAGUCCUCAUCAGAAAACGGCCAUGUCACCCCAGCAACAGCAGCAGCUACUCUUACGGCAUCAGCAACACCAGAAUCAACUCCAGCAGCAACAACUUCAACAGCAGCAACAACAGCAGCAGCAACUUCUUCUGCAGAAGCAACAACUACAGCAACAACAGGAACAACAAAAACAGCAAACGUUGGAGAACAACAACGUGCCACUAGAGAUCGACGACAGCGUGGCGACGAUCGCAAGCGCGAACAACACCUCCAACAGCAGUCAGGACAACUCGGACGACUUUGUGCUAGUACCGAGCAAUCUGCCGGUAGAUCCAUGCAGCGGAAAUUAUGACAAGAGCAAACCAACUAGAGUGCCUCAGACAGCUUCGAACGCCCAGGCGAGUCCACCGCGACCUAGCACGCUUCCGAUCUCGGAACCGAAGCCCGUUCCGUCGUCAGCUAGAAAGCUUUCCCGACAGCAGAGUCAAACACCACCAAAGAAUAUCCCCAAUGCAAUACCUCGAUCUCAGCCGAUCACCAUGAAACGGUCCGAGCAUCGAAACAGCAAUUGUGAUAUCAGCUCAAUCUCGCCGCCGGCCGUGCAAUUCGCGAUCGGAACUCCGCCCACCGGUAGCCGUCGCCGAUCGACGUCCGGUGGUUCGCUCUCGGAAACGCCUCCACCGCCUUCCUGCUGGACGGUGAGUCCGGCAUCGCAUCACUCGCCACUGCGCCGGUCCGACACCAGUUCACCAGUAUUAUCGCACGCCCUAUCGAAGCUACCGGCCCUCGGCAGUCCAACGUUGCUGACCAACGACAACAACAAUAUGCAUCCCUUGGGAACUCGGGCGUUCACCCUGCCGGAAAUGGGCGCCACAGCUGGCCUCGGAAGUUACCUAAACGAUAACAAUCUGGACGAUCACCCGAUCAACUUCCACGCACCGGAACUGCCGGCUGAAACGCUGAUGGAUCGUGAACACAAUGAAACCGUGGCAAAGCUGAAUUUCGUCAUCGCCCUCACCGACUGCAUCCUGGAGGUGGCGGAUUCGCGUUGUGCCCCUCUCUCGGCACUGAUGUCCGCCGAUGCCCAACCCAUUGCUCCGCACGCUCCGGAACACUGCAAACGAGCGGAACGGCUUGUUCUGCUGGUACGAGCUCUGAAUCUGCUCGCAUCCGGAAUGCAUCUAGCGUCGUCUAACCUGCAGAGCGGCCAGCUCAAACCGUCGGAUGCGGUUAAAAGUGUGUUAUCGUGCAUGCACUCGCGAUACAGAUCGACGCUGUGCGAGUCCAAGAAGCUGAACGGAACAGGACUGCUUCAGCGGGCAGGGGCUAGCAAUAUUACUGCAGAUAAGAUUCUGUACGAUCAUGCGAUACAAAUGUGCCAAUCGGCCGCCUUGGAUGAGCUGUUCGGCAAUCCGCAGGAUUGCUUCACUCGGUACCAGUCGGCCCAAAUUCUUCUCCAUUCGCUGGCGCAAAAGUGCAGUCAUCCCCAGGAUAAGCUACUUUUAUCGAAAUACAAGGACGCCGUCGAGAAGCGCCUGUACAUCCUGCAGCAGCAGGGCUACAUCUACGAGCGGUCUUGAACUAGCGCCCUGCAGACGCUCAGAAGACGUCUGUCGAAAAUCUUCUGACUAGAUGAUGCUCCUGCGGCUGCUGCUGCUGCUGCUGCUGCUGCCGUGACGGCAUCUAUUGGCACCCCGGCCAGUUGGGGUGCGGUCUGAGCGCGACGUCUGCUCGUCGCCGUCACCUAAACAUAUUAUUAAUCAGAGAGUUAUGUGAAUGAGCGUGAAUGAGUGAGUACCUCUUAUGCUAUAUAGCUACGAUAGCGAUCGUGUGAGUUUGAAACGUGUGGAACUAUGGAAAACGAACUUCAAAGGGAAGUUCUGGCGAAUGUGUAACGUGCAGCUCGAUUUAGACGUGUGAGAUUUGUGAAGUGCGGUAGGAUUUAUUUAUUAGUUGAUUUACACAUUGUGGAUGGUAGUCAUUAUUGGAAGAAAGUUUUUUGGAAGCGAUGGCGAAUUACUUUCAUCAGUGUACCGAGCAAAACCUAGCUGUAAAUAACUUCAUAUUAACGCAUUUUUAGAAGUAUCAAUCAAAAUGGAAUGGCUGGCUAUAAUGAAAAAUGGUAAAUUGUAAAAUUCGGUAAGGAUAAACGUUGGUUCAUGAUGUGUUACUAAAUUUAAAGGAAAAAAGUUAUUUGCGAAAUUGUACAGAAGUAGCUUUAAAGCUUAACUGGCUUUUGUAAAAUUCGCAGUACCUUGGCUUCAGUAGUAGCCGAUUUGAAUUUAGAAUACUAGUAGCGCCUCCAUGUUAAUAGUCGCAAGAGAUAGCUUAAGAUACUCUUCCCCUGACUGAUGACUGUACAUUUUCAGCGAUAUUACCGUCUCAUAAAUCCCACAUUCAUUUUUUGAUUGGUAUUAAGUCAAUUGUCAUACAGUCAUCAUGCGAAUUGCAGAAUCGUUUCGAAUGUAUUUUUAAGGGCGGACGGGACGGUCGGGGAAAUAUCCGCCAUUGCUCUGUUGCUACUAAGAUGGUAAUCUCAGAUUCUACUUCAUAUUUUGCAACAAAAACCUAUCACUGUGUAUGCUCACUUGCAGUGCAUAUGCUGAUUGUUUUUCAGCAUCUUCAGUGCGAUAGAACUCGAGAUUACCAUCUUCAAAAUCGCGAGGCAAAUUGUUAGAAAGAGAGGCAAGAUAGGAAAAAUAACACGGCGUCCCGUUUCACCUUAAGGCGAAACUGGAAGCAUUUCCUCACUUUUUGGUUUUUGAUUUUUUAUUAAAUAACGAAGCAAUAUUUUCAAAAUCGGGUUUCGUGCACAUGUAGAGUAUGGAUCAAGGUAUCUUCUGAAUUUUAUUGCGGUGGAAAAUGUUUUUGAUUUUUGCAGAAACCAUUUUUGAACAAAAUUUCACAAAAAAAUAGUUUCUGCAUAAAUGGAAAACAUUUUCCACCUAAAAAAAAUCAGAAGAUAGGUACCUUGAUCCAUACUCUACAUGUGCACGAAAACCGAUUUUGAAAAUAUUGCUUCGUUAUUUAAUAAAAAAUCAAAAACCAAAAAAAUGAGGAAAUGCUUCCAGUUUCGCCUUAAGUGGGGCGAUCCAUAAAGUAGGUCACGCUUUUAGCGGGGUGUUGAUUGUCGAAAGUGUCCAUACUCGAUCAAACUUAAACUAAACGAACGUAUGACUUUUUAAGUUUAGCAAAACUGUUUUUCAUCAGACCUCCUUAAAGAUUGAAUUCUUGAUAAAGGUCCGAAACGGACCGAAACGUCGGGAAUAAUCAAAACUAGUGUUUUUCAUUCCCCUUGAGACUGUGAAGCCAAACCGUAACACUUCUUUCCACUUUUUCCAAUUUUUCCCGAGACUUUUUACUGUGAUCCUACUGAGAUUUCUCUUAGAGAUUUUACCGGAAUUACUCUCACCGUUUUUCCCACAACCUCUAUCGAAAACUGUCCCGAAAUUCCUUUGGGUGUUCCUUUUGGGUUUUCUUCAACUAAUGAAGUUCUUUCUACGAUUUUCCAGGACUUUUUCUCCGAAUUAUUCAUGAGAUUGUCUUCGAAUUUUAUUGUGAUGAAUUCCCAAAGAAAUAUCGGAUUUCGAUGGAAAAUCUUUGCAAGAUUAGGAGGAAUUCUUUUCAGGAUUUCGAGUGAAAUCCUUUCAGGAAUUCGUGGAAACUCCUCCAAUGAUUUCGAGGAAAUUUCUUCAAGGAUUUUGAGGGAAAUUCAUCCUGGAUUUCGAGGAAAAUUAUCCUAGAAUUCCGAGGGAAAUCCACUCUGGAUUUCGAGGGGAAUUCUCUCUGGAUUUCGAGGGAAAUCUUACAGGAUUUCAUUGAGAACCUUCCUUGAUUUCAAGGGAAAUCCUCCUUGGAUUUCGAGGGAAAUCCUCUCAAGUAAAUCAUCAUCAUCAUCAUUCGAGUGAAAUUCUUCCAAGGAUUUCUAGGGAAUUCCUCCAAAGAUUUCUAGGAAAUUCCUCCAAGUAUUUCUAGGGAAUUCCGCCAAGGAGGGAAAUCCUUCCUGGAUUUCAAGGGGAAAUUCACCCAGGAUUUCAAGGGAAAUCUUUUCAGCAUUUUGAGGGAAAUUCUUUCAAGAUUCUAAGGGGUAUCCUUUCAGAAUAUCGACGAAAAUCAUCCAAGGAUUUUGAGAGAAAUUUCGAGAUUUCGAAGGAAAUCCUUUAAGGAUCUCUAGGGAAGUCCUUUUGAGAUUUCGAGGGAAAUCCUUUCUGGAAUUCGAGGGAAAUCUUUUAAGGAUUUCGUGAGAGAUCUUUUAGAAUUUCGAGGGAAUCCAGUUGGAGCCUCGAGAGAAACUUCGAGGAUAACCAUUGCAGAAAUUUCUUUAAAUAGAAAGACAAAUCCGAAAAAGAAACUGGGACGUCUCAGAAAACCUAUGGGAGAAAUGACGAAUUUUUUUAGCAGUCCCUAGAAGACUUCUGCAGAAGUCUCUCAUAAGUAUUGGAAGAAAUUGUUGGGAAGCCAUCUUGGAAACCCCACUAAAAGAAAUUUCUAGAGAAAUUCUGAAAAUAUUUUUUUAGGAUCUCCGGAAGGAAACCCUCGAUAAAUUCUGGGAUUAUUGCUGGGAAACACUCUGAAAGAAAUCCAGGAGGUAAUUCUGCAUAAAUCCCGUGAAACACUUCAACAGAAAUUUCAAAAGGAACUCUCACAGAAAUACCAGCAAAAAACUCAGAAUUUCGGAAAGAACAGUGGAAAUUUCCAGAAGAAACUCUGGGAGCUAACUCAAGAAAACUCGUAGAUGAGAUCUUGGAAGAAAUACCUUAACAACCUCCGGUAAGUUUCCAGGAAGAGUUCAAGAAGAAAUCUCGGGAAAAAUUCUGUAAGAAACGUAAGAAUGUCAAGAAGUUAUGUGGUCGAAAUCCUAGAGAAAAUUAUGGAAAGAAUACAAAAAAGACACUGGAUUGAAUUUCGGGAGAAAUCUUCUAAAAAAUUUCGAAAAGUUUUCUGGAUUUCCAAGCAAAUCCUUAAACAUAUCUCUGAAAAAAAUCGUAAUUCCUAAAAGAGUUCUAAAAAUCACAGGUUUUUCCCAGAGUUUACUAGUACCCAUCGGAAAGGCCAGGAUCAUAUCGUUCCGCUCGUUUUUGUAAGAAACUGUUGAUGUUCUUUAAUAAUUUCCAGAUUUGCAGGUUUGUGUCGCGGUCGCCAUGUCAUAGUCCUGAUUAUCGCGGAGACGAUAAUUGCAGUCAAUUGAAAACGCAGGUUUGCUGGCUUUAUUUAGAGCUACACAACAUUUCAAGAAACGUUUCAUUCCUUUGACAAAAUACAGGACUCUUAGAGUGGCUUAUGCUACGGAAGCUCUUUACAAAAUAAAUCAGUCCGAACUUUGCUCGUCGCGAACGAUUGAACUGCAAAUCGAGCUGGCGAUUGUUGUGCAUGGGGUAGAACCUUGUUGAAACGUUUGACUCGUUCUGUGACAACUAUGUAACAAUGUAUUGAAGAAAGGCACGUCUUACAACUUGUGCACCACAGAACAAGAAAUGUUCAAAAGAAUUGACUGACAGAUUUUUUUUUAUGAUUGGCUCUAUUUAUUUCAUGACAGAUUUCAUUACAAACUAGAAAUAAUUUGCUGAGUACUUUUUGGACUUUCCUGGACAAAAAAUCCUGUAGCAAUUUCUACAGUAGUCCACGCUUGAAUUUAUGAAGGAACAUCUGCAGAAUUUUCAAUAAGAAUUACUGGAGAAAUUCAUGAAGAAACUUGUGAAGGAAUUCUCAGACAAUUCCCUGAAGGAAAGAAUUUUUAAAAAAUUGGGAAAUUUAGGAACUCCUAAAAAAUUCUUGUGAAAUUUUUGGAGUUUUUUUGAAGAAAUAAAAAAAAGUUUCUUGCGGAAGUAAUUCCUGAAAGAGUUUCUGGAGUCAUUGCUGAAGAAUUACCGGUGGAUUGUCUGAAAACCACAGGAAAUUUUUUUGAAGCAAUCGCUGGAGAAAUACCUUUGGGAACUUUAAGAAAUAUCCCUGGAGGAAUUUAUGAAAAAAAAAACUUGAAUUUUUAAACGUAGUUCUUGAAGAAAUACCAAAGGAAUAAAUCCUAGAUUUUUUUUCUUAAAUUUCUUGAGAAAUUUAUGAAGAAGUUACUGGCUGAAAAUCCCUGAAGCUAUUUUGAAAGUUAAGGCUGGAAGAAUUUUUGACCAAAAACCCUGCUGAAAUUUCAGGAAGAUUUCCUGGAGGAUUUCAUGAAGAAAUUUGUGAAGGAAUUCCUGGUGGAUUCACUGGAGGAUGUAUCUUUCAAGGAAUACAACCUGGAAGAACUCCUGGAAAGUUGCCUUUGAGUGAAUUCCUAAAAGAAUAACUUGAGAAGUUCAAGAACUUCUAGAACAAAUUCUUGAGUUUUCCUGAAGAAAUCCAAAAAAAUAGUGUCUUGAGGAAGUAAUUCCAGAGAAUAUCUUUGUUGUCAUUUUUGAAGGAUCACCAGUGGAAUUUCUGAAACCCACAGGAGGAAUUUAUAAACCAACUCCUAGAGAAAUAUCUUUGGAAACUUUUAGAAAUAUCCCUGGAGAAAUUUCUAAAAAUAUAUCUUUCAAAUUUUAAAUAGAGUCCUUGAAGAAAUAGUAAAAGGUUAAAUUCUAGAGGUAUUUUUUUUAUUUCUUGUGAAUUUAUGAAGAAGUUCCCCGUUAAAAUCCUGAAGUUAUUUUUAAAGUUGGCACUGGAAGCAGUGUAGAAUUAGCAUAAUAUCAAAAUACACAUUAAUAAAACUAAAAAAAAAACAUUGGAAGAAUUGUUAACUAAUAACCCUGCAGAAAUUUUAGAGGCAGUAUCUUUUAAGGAAUACCACCUGGGAGAACUUCUGCAUAUAUCUUUGAGAGAAUUUCUAAAAGAAUAAUUUGAGAAACUUAGAACUUCAAGAAGAAUUUCUUGAGAUAUUUUUGGAGAGAUUUAUGAAGAAAUCUCAUAAAAAAUAGAGAAAAUGUCUGGAAUUAAACUUCAGGGCAGGUCUAAACAAAUCACAGGAGGAAUUCUAUGAAGAACCCCUAGGGAUAUAUCUUUGGGAACUUUUAGAAAUAUCCCUGGAGGAGUUUCUAAAAAAAUCUCUUUCCGAAUUUUUAAACGUAGUUCUUGAAGAAAUGUCAUAGGAAGGGUUAUUUUUUAUUUCCUGAGAAAGUUAUAAAGCAGUUCUUGGCCAAAAGCCCUGUAGAAAUUUCAGAAAAAAAAAUCAUGAAGAAAUUUGUGAAGCAAUUCCUGGAGGAGGAACAUUUUAAAGAAUACCUGGAUGAACUCCUGCAGAUACCUUUGAAAGAUUUCCUAAAAUAAUGUCUUGAGAAAUGUAGGAACAGCUAAAAGAAUUUCUUGAGAUUUUUUUGGAGAGAUUCCUGAAGAAAUCCCAAAUAAAAAAUCCUAAGAAAGAAGAAUCUCUGGAGUCAUUCCUUAAAGAUUACCGGUGGCAUAUCUAGAAAAAAAAAACAAUAGCUCUAAAUAAACUACAGGAGAAAUUUAUGAAACAAUCUCUAGAGACAUACCUUUGUGAAUUUUUGGCAAUAUUCCUAGAGAAAUGUUAAAACACAAAUCUCUUCUGAAUUUUUAAACGGAGUUUUUGAAGAAAUGCCAAAGGAAUAAAUCAUGAAGGAUUUUUUUCUUUUCUAGAGAUAUUCCUGGCGGGCAUAAAUAAAUCACAGGAGUAACUUAUAAAGCAACCCCUAAAGUUAACCCUCUAGAGGAUUGUUUUUUAUUUCUUGAGAAAUUUUUAGAACAGUUCCUGACAAAAAAUCCUGAAACACUUUCUGAAGGAAGAACUGGAAGAUUCACUGACCAGAAACCCUGUGAAAAUUUCAGAAGGAGUGUAAUUCUUGAAGAUACCCUUUAUAAAAAUUUGUGAAGAAAUUCCGGGAAGAUUUUCUAGAUAAAUUUCUUAAUAAUUUUUAAAUAGAAUACUUAAAGAAAUAUCAACAAUACAUAAAUUCCUAGAAGAAUGUAUGUAAGAAUUUCUGAGAAAAUCUCUGGAAAAAUUUCUGAAGAAUAUCCGGAGGAAUUCAUAAAGCAAUAUAUAUAGGAAUACCUGAAGUUAUUUCUGUAGAUACCCCUGGAAGAACUUUGGGAAGAAUCUUUUGAGAAAUCUCUCAAAAACUUCCUGGAGAAAUGCAAAGGAAUAAUUCCUUCUGCAGAAAUGCCUGAAGAUAAGGAGGAAUACCUGGAAAAAUUCUGAAAACGAACUAUGGAGUAGCACAAGAAAUGCCCAUCUAUUGUAAAUUUAAUAAUCCAUAAGUUUCUCCAUGAGCUACGUGGACUAUUAUAUGGGUGUUGGGGAGAUCUGGCCAAAGUUUACGACCCAUAAAAAAACAGAUCCAUCCUUGAGGGGGGGAUGGAGGGGAGGUCUGAGAUGACCAAUAAAGUCUACGUAUAAUUUAUGGACAGCACCUUGUGGAAUUCUGGAAGAAUUUUCUUGUGGAAUCCACAAACAAAUCAUUAUCGAAAUUCCCGAUCCUGAUCCUGUGUCAAGAGUUGAGCGAGAUAUUUUAGAAACUAAAUUAUCGUCAAUAAUUCGUUAUGAAGAUCUGCAAAAGGGACAUUUGUAAAUUUCUCUUGCAACAUACUCAGAAAUUCCUACAAGUUUCCAAGUAAAAUUUCCCUCACAUUUCUCUCCGAAGUUCGGCCAGGAAGAAAUGAGAAUUAUUCAAAGGCACCGCAUCUUUAUUUUUGCCAAUAUACAAACCCACUGUCUUUAAAACUGCUCAUUUCGAAUAGUCCUGUAACUGUAACAUUCUUUAAAAACUUUUUGCUCCCACUCCGAUUACUUAUGGAACGCUGUUAGGGAAAGAACAGCUACUUAAUCGGAGGUUGAAGUAGAAAAGACAUGAAAACUUUCAUUGCCGGCCACGCCCAUCUUCUCCGUUAUGAGGCUAGGAAAGGAUAUGAGUGUUGUAUUAUAUUAAAACACCAAUGUUGAGAGUGACGUAGCUAAGAAAUUUUAUGUCACUCCAUGGGUCUUUUUACUUCAGGGAUGAGGCACAGGCAUUUUUACUGUGUCCUGGCUAACAAGCCUGAGCUUUUAAGCGCCAUUGAUCUCUGUCUCUCUGAAACGAAAAGAAACACAAUUGGGAAUACCUGAAUCAACCUGCUAAGAGCGUUGCCCAGUCUGCAUUACAAGGGUGGAAAGAGAUAGUAGAGAUGGGAUAACAUCUAUUUAUCGAGAUGCCAGCGACUCACCGAUUCCCUCGUAAAUAGAAAGGAGUUAGGAUUUUGGUUAUGGAAUGGUCUGAAAUCAAGAAUGUGGCGUAGAUUUUCAGAUAAUAAGAAUACUGGUACAAGGGGUUUGUAGAGAUGGUUAUUCAGGGGAAUUCCAUCCUUUAACCUCUAGGGCGUUUUGUUCAAAUUUUCUUCAAUUAGUAAUACUUUCGGAAUGAUAAUGAAUUCGUGUAAUCGCUUUAUGAAAUCAAAACUGUACCAAUAUAUAAAACAGGUCGAACUCUAUUAUCCGGAGUCGAGAUCUAAAACAUUUCAGACAUACAUCUGAGGAACGAAAUGCUGUAAAAAGCUGAUUUUUUGACAUUUUAUCAAACCAGCCUUGGUUAGUAAUCAGUCGAAAUUUCAGCUUAGCAGAAUAUUCCGUUCCUUAGUUAUGUUUCGAAAGCUUCUGAACCUGACUGCGGAUAAUCGAUUCCGACCUGUAGUUAGAAAAUGAAUGGGGAUUGAUCAUUGUGUUAACACAUUACAUACUAACAGAAUCAGUUUCGAAAGAUUCUGUCAAAAGUCGAGGGCAGGGUCUUCAACAGAAAACAUAACCAUCAUUUGUACACAUCAGUAGCAACAAAAGCUUCCUUUUUAAUGUUCCCUAGUUUGCUUAAAACGUGUUAGCUAUUACAAAAUCGCGAAUCGCCAUGCUUCCAACAAACUUUGACAAUGAUGACGCCAAAUUCAGAAGUUUUUCGAGAACAUUUGCUCCUUUGCAAUAUGGCCGAUUGGUUUUUUUUUUUGCAUGAUCAUUCUAACUUUGUUCGACUGACGCAAAUGCUUCAUCCUUUUAUGAUGGACGAUUUCGAUUGUCUGAAAUAGUUCCCCGCGCAGAGGGUUCUUUUUAUAGGGACAACAGUUGAGUAGGAGUGAUGACAUACCACCAUUCAGUUUCGGCUUAUCACCUGUUUAUACGCAAGCGAUCACAAUGGAAGUGCUUCAACGGGUUGGAAUCUUCAAGAAGACAAAUCUAUGUAAACUGAGCUGUCGAAGCGUUUUGUUUGUUCGGUUAAAACAGAAGCAUUUCGAUCCAGUUACACCUUUGUUCAAGCGUAGUGUCCCAAAUUUUCGGUUUAUACAUCUGUCAUCUCCUGAGAGUGGCUAAAAUGCCUAGCCGGAGAAGUCAUCACAACCAUACCAAUAUGAUAAAGUAUAACGUAGUACCUAAGUACAAAAAUAUUUAAAUUAAACCAACUCCCCCAAAACAGAUAACGAAAUAGCAAAUUUAAUCGCAACACACAGCAAAUGAGAGUCGAGAUGGAAUAUCUCGCCAUUGGGGUGAUCUUUGUAAUACUCUCUCGUUAAGAUAAUCCAACAUGAUUCAAAGACACCUCCACGGAAUGCAAAAGUGCAAUCCGAUACACACAACAACAACAACACUGUUUAGUUGCAGCCUGCCGACGGGGAAGGCUAACACUUUAGCACGUAAGACAAAUUUAAUCUUAACCAUCAUCAUCGGGUCCGUGACAAUGAACCAUACCAUACAACCCAUCUAUCCUAUAUAAGAGAGAUUAUUCAACUGACAUGAGAAGACGAAGAGAAGGCCCCUCUUCAGAGCCGGAGUGCAACAAGUCAGACCAUAAAACAGUAAAAGUGAGCAAAUAUUAAAAAACAGAAACGGGAUAAAAAAUGAUUAUAUACCCAACAACAGAGUGGAAAACAAAUGUAGAACAAAAGAUAACCCAAUAUUAUGAAUAGAGAAAAGAAACUACAACCAAUCCAGCAAAAAGAAAACAAAAGAAACAUACGUUAGAGGAUAUGUCUAUCGAGGAAAACUGAAAACGAUAACAUUCUUCGUGAAUCAAUAAUAAAGCAAAAAAAAAAACUGUAAUAAAAUGUAA